UUUAAGGCGCGACGACGCCAGAAGAGCGGUUCUCGCCAUGGAUUCUAAAAAGGUUAAGGCGACGAAGACGCAGGAUCCCGCUCUAAAGCAAAAGUCGCCAGCGGAAUUUUUCUCCGAGAACAAGAACAUCGCGGGUUUUGAUAAUCCUGGGAAAAGCUUGUACACGACAGUGCGUGAACUGGUCGAGAAUGCUCUAGAUUCGGCCGAAUCCAUUGCGGAGCUUCCAACGAUCGAGGUCACAAUUGAAGAGAUAAGCAAGUCCAAGUUUAACGCUAUGAUUGGACUGGUCGACCAUGAGCGAGUCGAUGCGGAGCUUUAUGAUGACUACGAAAACGAGAAAGCCCGCGAGAAAAGAUUGGCUAAAGAAGCUCGUGAGCAAGAACGCCAAGCGAAGGCCAUUGCAGCUGGUAAAAAAGUCACUGUUCCUAAGGCUGGGAAAGGCCGUGGAGAUACAGUUUUUUACAAAGUUUCUUGCAAGGACAACGGCAAGGGAAUGCCACACGAUGAUAUACCAAACAUGCUUGGUCGAGUGCUAUCUGGCACAAAAUACGGGCUCAAACAAACUCGGGGCAAAUUUGGACUCGGAGCAAAAAUGGCACUGAUAUGGUCGAAAAUGAGUACUGGCCUGCCCAUCGAGAUUUCGAGUGCUAUGAAGGGGCAGAAAUUCAUUUCCUUUUGUCGUUUAGACAUUGACAUCCACAAGAACAUUCCUAAUGUUCAUGUACUUGAAAAGAAGCCCAAUACUACUGGCUGGCACGGGGCCGAAAUUCAUGUAACCAUUGAAGGGAAUUGGACGACUUAUCGGUCCAAAGUUAUAAGCUACAUGCGGCAAAUGGCUGUCAUCACACCGUAUGCACAGUUCCUAUUUCGCUACAGAGCAGGGACUCCAGAAAAGAAUGUAAGCGUACAGUUUGUGAGGAGGACCGAUGUUAUGCCUCCUGCACCUCCAGAGACCAAGUAUCAUCCAUCUGCUGUGGAUUUACUCUUGAUCAAGCGACUUAUUGCCGAAAAGUCGAAGCAAACGUUGAUCCAGUAUUUGCAGCAGGACUUUGUUUCAAUCAACAAGUCUUAUGCGGAACGUCUCAUCGGUGAAAUGGGCCCUGAUUUCACACCAAAAAUGCUGGUAAAAGAUCUUACCGACCAGCAGCUCGUUCGUAUACAUCAACUCUUUAGACAAGCUAAGUUCGACGAUCCCGACGGUGAUUGCUUAAGUCCCGCCGGAGAAUACAACCUGCGCCUUGGAAUUACAAAAGAGCUGCACCCAGACAUGGUCGCCACUUGCCAAGGGAAUGUUCAGGUCUUUGAAGGACAUCCAUUCAUUGUUGAGGCAGCAGUGAGCUUAGGAGGGAAAAGCGUAAAGCCAGGCUUGAAUAUUUUCCGCUUUGCAAACCGUAUCCCUCUUCUCUUUGAACAAGGUGGCGAUGUAAUUACUAGAACAGCAACGAAACGAAUCAGCUGGAGCGCAUACAAGAUCAGCCACCUACAGGACAAGGUUGGAGUUUUUGUUAGCAUUGUUAGCACAAAGAUACCUUUCAAAGGAACUGGUAAAGAGUACAUUGGAGAUGAUAUUACUGAAAUAGCAUCCGGAGUCAAGUCUGCUAUACAACAGUGCUGCAUACAGUUGAAAGCAAAGCUCGUCCGUCAGAAAGCUGCUCGAGAUAAACUUGAACGGAAGAAAAACCUUUCCAGGUACAUCCCUGACGUCUCAAGAGCAAUUUACGGGGUUCUCGCAAGCAUUGCAAAUGAACGGGAAGCGAAGAGGCAAAAAUAUGAACCUGAUAGCCGGGAGAUUUUGCAUAAAGUCGCGGAUAAAGAAGUUACCGAGGUAACUUUGUCACGAAAGCUUACGCAGUAUGUUGAUCAGGUGGAUGCCGAGUUGGCUCUUGAUUAUGCUACUCAAAGUGGACUUGUCAAGGCACGAGAGCCCAUUUCCUUGGCAGGAGUAGACUGGACUCAAGCAAAUUAUCUCGAGCUUCACAGCCCAGUAUGCGUCAUGAAGUUGCUCUCCUGACCAUACAUGGUGAGUUGUACUCCGAGCUCUUCCGAUGGCAUUAUUUCAUCAAGAGGUAUGCAUGUCUUGUCUCAUGUUUCAGAAAUCAGGCAACUUUGACUAAUGAUCCGGACAAAGAUAUUGGUGCUUGGUACUAAACUUGUUGAUCGUAGUCAUUGCAAGUGAUCCGUCUCAAAAAUUAUAAAAUUAAAACAAAAACAUUCUUAAGAAAAUCAAAA